AUGUCUACACCACUUUCUGAAAUCCCAGCAGACACAAACAUGUCAUCAUCUAUGGAUAUCGACGAACCAUCCACAUUCAUCCCAAGCACAUCAGAGGCAUCUCCUCUAGCUGUUGUCGAACCUCUCCACCAGCUAGCAGGAACACCGGCAGAUAACCUUGAAGCCCAACGAAAGCUGCUCCAGCAGAAGCUAGCUGACCAUGCGGCCAAUGCCGAAAAAUUCUCUUCGCCAACUGAUAACAUGAUGAGUCCUUGCUCGCAGAAGCUGGCUGCUCAGAAGAAGAAGCAGUUUGGAAAAACCAAGCCUACGCUGCUCAAGUCUGCAUUCGCCCAGGUCGCUGGUCAGGAGAAUAGAAUUCCCAAGAAGCGAACCGACGAUGACUCUCCAUUUUAA